AUGCGUCUACACGGUCGUGUCGAAGAACCAGAAUUCGUCCUUGUCGAGGACAUGUCUGAUCCCAAUUGCGACGCGGUUGUUCUUUCGACCAGUCUUGUUCUGGACUUCUCAAUGAUGGAGGAGGAGGACGUGAUAAACGCCAGCAUCAAAGACUUGAAGGUCGUCGCCUGCCCCUUCAAUCGUGCGUAUCGAGCUGAAAACACGAUGAAUGUGAGUCUUUUUCCGUCUCCUCCUUCACUUUCUUCCCUCCGUUAA